AUGGAUACUGCUACCAGUGCCCCGGAAAUCACGCAAUGUGACCUUUGUGAGACUGUUGAGGUAGAGAUACACUGUGAUUCCUGUCUUGUCAAUCUCUGUAAGGCUUGUGUGGGAGCACACAUGAUCUCUGAUGAAUCCAAGGAUCACAGACUCCUUAAAUAUCAGUCCAGGAAACCUACCCGCCUCUACCCUGAAUGUAAAUUUCAUAACAAGCAACAUUGCACAAUGUACUGUAACAAAUGUGACAUUCCAGCGUGUAAAAAGUGUCUUGCAUCUGAUGAACAUGAAACUCAUCAGAUAUCAGAAAUCUUAAAAGUUGUCAAUGAAAAAAAAGAUAAAUUAAUCAAAGAACGAAAUGAAUUAUAUGAGACAGUUUACCCCACCUACCAGAACAUUGCCUCUGAUGUACAAAGUAGAAUGAAUCAGUUAGAAAAGGAGUGUGGAGUUCUUUCUUCAGCAAUAGCAAAACAUGGAAUGGCCUGGCACAGAGAAAUUGACAAACUUUCAACAAAACUCAAAGCUGAAAUUGAUGAGAUGAAAAAUACACAGCUACAAACUCUACAGAAACAUCUGGAUGAAAGAAACAAGAAAAUUUCUGACAUUAAGAAUGAAAUCAUUUCAAUUGAAAGAGCAAUAGAUGCUAAUGACUUGUCGAAACUAUUUAAUGUAACAUCCAAUGCACAUUUAUACAGUAAUCUUCCACAAAAAAUUGUUCCUUCUCUGCCAAAAUUCAUUCCUGGAAAAAUACAAGGAGAAGAAUUCAGUAAAGUAUUUGGAGCCUUAUCAUCAAGUUCUUUAACAUCAGAUGAUCAUGGCUACAGCAUGAAAUUAAUAAAGCACCAGAAGCUGGAUUCUCUCCUCCAGUCAAACAGCUGCGUGACGAACCAGAAAUUGUAA